AUUUUGUUGUCUUUGUGUAAAGGAGUGGAGCUCGAUCUCACAUCACUCUUCCCUCUCCCCGAGUCCUUUCUAAACUCUCCCCCGGGUCUCUACCCUCCCGAACCUCUCCCCUUCUACCCUUACAACCCCAACCCUCCCCCCGGUCACUUACCAGCAUACGAAUCAGAUCAUCUCAGUGACCAAAGACCCCAGUUCUGUACGAACAACUAGGUUGCAGUUAUGGACUCCGGUGUGAUUGAAGGAGGGCUCAAUGUCACCCUUACCAUUAGGCUGCUCAUGCAUGGCAAGGAAGUUGGAAGUAUUAUCGGGAAGAAAGGUGAAUCUGUGAAGAAGAUGAGAGAAGAGAGCGGGGCUCGCAUCAACAUCUCUGAGGGCAAUUGUCCUGAGAGGAUCAUUACUUUGGCAGGUCCAACCACCGCCAUCUUUAAAGCAUUCUCCAUGAUCAUUGAAAAGCUGGAAGAGGACAUAAGCAGCUCAAUGACAAAUAGCACAGCUACUAGCAAGCCCCCAGUGACCCUACGCAUUGUGGUGCCUGCCAGCCAGUGUGGCUCCCUAAUCGGGAAAGGUGGCUGCAAGAUCAAGGAAAUUCGAGAGUCAACAGGUGCUCAGGUACAAGUGGCAGGAGACAUGCUCCCCAAUUCCACGGAGCGAGCCAUCACCAUAGCUGGAACUCCCCAGUCGAUAAUCGAGUGUGUGAAGCAGAUCUGUGUGGUUAUGCUCGAGUCUCCCCCAAAAGGGGUCACUAUCCCCUACAGACCCAAACCUUCAGGAUCCCCCGUCAUCUUUGCAGGUGGACAGGCAUAUGCCGUACAAGGACAGCACGCGAUUCCACAGCCAGAUUCUUCCUCUGCUGCUAUCUCUCCACAGCUCACAAAGCUUCACCAGCUGGCUAUGCAGCAGAGCCCCUUCCCCAUUGCACCGAGCAACCAGGGAUUCACUGGGAUAGAUGCCUCAGCUCAAACCGGUUCCCAUGAGAUGACCAUUCCAAAUGAUCUUAUUGGGUGCAUCAUCGGCCGCCAGGGAGCCAAGAUCAAUGAGAUCAGGCAAAUGUCGGGUGCCCAGAUCAAGAUUGCAAAUCCAGUGGAUGGAUCAACUGACCGCCAGGUCACCAUCACAGGCUCACCUGCCAGCAUCAGUCUGGCGGAGUACCUCAUCAACGCAAGUGUAGAGUCCUCUAAACCUCCUCCCUCCUCCUCCUCCUUGAACCCUGAACAGACCAGCCCGUGCCCUCCCUCCACCUCUACUACUACUACUACCACUACUACUACUACUACUACCACCACCACCUCCUCUGCUGCUACCUCCUCCUUCUCUUCCUCCUCCUCCUCCUCCUCCUCCUCUUCCUCCUGUGUGGUGCCCCCCUCAGCCUCCAUCCCUCUGUCCUUGUUGGCUCCAGGGCCGCCUCCUCCUUCCUCUUCCUCCUCCUCUUCCUCCUCCACUGACUCCCUGCUUCCCAGCUCUCCUGCCUGUGUGUCAAGUCUCCUCAAUCUCAAGCCCCUCCCUCUCCUGGCCCUCCAUGUUGUCAGCGGGGCCAGUAACCCCACACACCCAAUCCCCACUGAGCCCAAAAUCGCCCCAGAGCUGAGCUCCAAGUCUAAAAGACGAAGGCUCUCCCCUUACUAACGAAGGAAACAUAAGUCAUCUACUGCUGAAGUACUGACAAUGCCCUUUGUUGUCUGUACCUGCACUUGCUUUUGUAUCUGGCUGUGCCACGCCACGCUUACUACAGAAAACGAAUGCACACAAAGGAGCCAGACAGAUGGCUGCUGCCAUAUUUAUAAAAUGGGUAUCUGUAGCUUGAUUGGGCUGUAUCUAAAAGAAAUGACAUGUUGAGUGCAUUAUAUUUUUAAACGACUUGAACUUAGCAUGGAUAGUGAAUUAUUUCACUAAAGCAUUUCUCUCUUCGUGUAAGCUCUGCUCAGGUAGCGGCUCUCUUUAAGAUGUCACAUUGUAUUUAUGGGAAUAGUUUUUCUUGUAGUAAAUUUUAAGUGAUUACUGUUUGCGGUUAUAAUGUAGACUAUAUGUAUCAUGAUUGUUUUUUUGGCUUAUGUAAGAAGUAAAUCUGCCCUCAGGUAUAAAAGGCACCGAACCACCAAUUAUUAGGAUUUUUCUGUUGAUAAGACAAAUAAAAAAAACAAAACAAAACAAAAAAACAAGUUUAGCAUCAUUUUAAAGGAAUAGUUUGACAUUUUGAGAAUUAUUUGUUGUCUUGAUGAGUUAGAGGAGAUGAUCUGGAAAUGGCUGAGAACAGACAUCCUACAGUUUCGGCUGGUUGCCUGGCAACGCAACAGUGACAAGUCUUUUUUUGUGUGAAUUGAUCUAAUGAGAUGUAAUAUCUUAAUCAGUAGGGAUUUACUCAGCUUAAAUUAGUAUUCAGUACAGCUAAUGUAUUUUUGUAUGAGUGCAUCUCAAACCAGCCACCUAAAUACACCUGAUUUUAUUUUAUUUUUUCCAUCAAGAUCCAUAUCUUAUUCUUUGAGAAAACAACAAAUAUUGAUUGAUGUUAAUGUUGGAGAUGGUGAGAAAAACAUCCGGGCUCCAUCCCUUUCGCACCAAAAGAUAAUGGGGUCUUUUCUGAGCCAAGACCCAUCCUCCAUCCAAGUUUCGUGAAAAUCUGCUCUGUACUUUUUGUGUAAUCAUGGACACCAACCAACAAACCGUCCAAUCAACUGAUGCGGGUAGAAACAUAACUUUCUCAGCGGAGGCCAGGCUAGAUCUGAGCACAUGCUGAGGGUCUCUUUGUUACUAUGGGGCCCAGACAGAAGGGAAUGAACAUCUACUGUCUACAUUAAAAAAUAUAUGUUUAACAUGCAUUGCUAAUUAUUUUGGAUAUUAAAAAAAAUCUCUUUUUAAAUAUAUAUAAAUGUAUAUAUCCAUUUCAAAGAGACACUUGGAGGUAAAAAACUCUGUAAAUAGUUCUUACUCUUGUGAUCAAAAUCUUGAUUUAAAACUCAAUCGUAUUAAGUGAAAAUAGUUUCUAGUAAAUAAUGAAUAUGGCAUUUUCUGAUCAACCCAUAUCAAAUUCAGGUUUAAAUUUUAAAACUUCUGCCUCAUCCCAUUAUCCGUUUAGGACCACCCAUUUCACUUAAGGUUACAGAUGAUGCUGUAUUGCUCAUCCGUAGUGAUCAGUGAGCCUUAGAGGUGCUGGUAGUUGGAAUUUGUUACCCUUUGGACAGAGCCAGGCCAGCUGAUUCCAUCCAUUUCCAUUUUUUUAUGACAAGUUAAGCUAAACUUGUCGUUAUCAUUCUUCUCAUCUGCCUGUUGGCAGGAAUGCAAAUAAGAACGUUUCCUAAGAUGUUGAACUAUUUCUUUGACACAUUUCUUCUAUCAAAGAAUCAAGUAUAUAUACUGAUCAUACUUCUUCUGUUUAGUAAAUCCAGAUGAUCUCCUUAUCUAGCUUUUUAUUAUGAUCAUGUAAUGUAGAUAAAAUGACAUUUAUCCUGUCUGUCUGAUUGCAUGCCUUAUUCUCUCUCCCUCCCUGGUCUCCGGGUGUCUC